CGCUCGGUCAUGCCCAUGCCCAUGCUGCGCAGCCAGCGCUUCGGGGUGGGUUCCUUCACUCCUCGCGCGCCGAUCGCCCGCGUCGUCGUCUCCACCCAUCCUAAAUAUCUCCCUGCUGCCUUGAGUGCUCAUCACUGCGUGCGCCCUACUCACUCCUUCCACUCCACUGCCAGUGAGAGCUCCUCUGCGUCGUCCGUCCGUCCCUCCCUCGAGAUCCAGCAUGAUCCCGGCCGGUGCUGCAGCAGCUGCUGGUGGAGCUGUUGCUCCUCCUCCUCCUCCUCCUCCCGGAGGAGCAGCAGAGACAGGGAUGAUGCGCAUCCGCGCGGUGGCGCGGGCGCACCUCGUCCUCGGGUGGGCCACCGCCCUCCUCGCCGUCCUCGCCCUCAACCUCCAGCCACACCUGCAGGGGCAGUGCACGACCACCGAGGAUGAGGUGGCGCACAUGCGCGCCGACGCGCUGCUGCUGCUGCUGUCCAGCGCCGCCCAGGCCGCGGCGGCCACGGUGGCCGCCUUCGCGUCGGAGGACUGGCGCAAGGGAGUGCCCUGGAGCUUCGCUGCCUUCGCCCACGGGAUGGGUGUCGCCACCUUCUACCGCCUGGACAAAGUCGUCUUCUUGGCGGCGCUCGUCACCGUCGGGAGCUGCCCCGGCAGCCAUCUGCUCGUCCACGGGACACCGCUGGUAGCCCACUUUAUCCUGCUCGCGGUGCCCCUCGGUCUCUUCUUCCUAUUCGGCGUCGACACGUUGAUCUGCGCCCUGGUAUACCCUUAGUCGAUAUCGAUCGACGCAGUACUAAUGCUAUAUCUGUUCUGGAGCACUCUUUCUACCUGUAGCUAGCUAGGUGACUAGUGACUGAUUAUGUAUGUGUGUUUGCGCGUAGCUUGCUACUUGGUGUGAGAGACGAUGAUGCCAAGAACACUGGUGUGUGCAGUACUGGGUGUGUGUGUGCGCGCGCGCGCAACUGUGCAAUGGCAACUACCUUAGCCAAAUUUCUCUCCGAAGAACUGCCUUGGUCAAAUAAAAGCAUUCGGAGUAGAUUUUUAUGCAUAUCUUGGAAUUAGUUAACGAAUUUA